AUGUCGCUCUACCUGCCACUCUACCAGCGGGCUCAUGGUCCUGCUCCGGUUGCUGAGCACUUCACCCACGAUCAGAUCAAGACCAUGGUAGCCCUGGAGAGAGUUGGUGGCUUCGUCAGUCUUGUAGCAGUUGUAUUCAUCUUUCUUGCGUAUGGACUUGUCCGCUCCGCCCGGAACGUUCAAAACACCUUUAUUGUCUUUGCUAGCGUUUCCAACGUCGGCGCCAGCAUAGCUAGCAUUAUCGCGUUGGACGGACUGGAGCAGGGGAAGGGGUCGCCUCUGUGUCAAGCCCAAAGCUUCUUAUUCGAAAUGUUCAUGCAGUCUGACCCGUGGUGGUCCCUAGCCAUGGCCAUCAACGUCCUCCUUGUCUUUUACUUCCGCAAGAGCCCUGGUUCCUUUCACCGUUGGUGGUGGGCGUAUUGCUUGGUGUGCUACGGCGGGCCCUUCUUCAUCGCAUUGGCCUUGCUCCUGGUCAGAAGCCCGGAACGCGGACCAGUCUACGGAGAUGCCACUAUCUGGUGCUGGGUAGAUGCUAAAUGGGACAGCAUCCGCAUCUACACAUACUACCUUUUGAUCUGUACAUGCAUUGCGGGAUCCUUCAUUUGCUACCUCCUGGUUGGCUACCAUGUCUUCCGGUCGAGAAACAGGCUGCGCAGCUUCUCUGCGACAAGAAGUCGCGAAGAAGGCCGCAAUGACCGGCUCCCAUCCGACGACCAAGAUAGACCCGAUGGCUUCUACGGCACCGUCACGACGGAAGUUCAAGUCGUCCACUCUGUCGUCGACGACGUCCCCCGCCCCGAGGCAGCCCAUCCGUCGUCCCGCGACAAGCAAAUCCCUUUCCAGCCGUGCCCGCCAGGCCGGCCGACCCCAGUCGCGCAGUCCUUUUCCACCGUUUCCGCAACCCCCAGACGCAGAGACAGCCAAGCCAGCGGCGCUCUGAGAAGAGUCGCCGCCGCCGCAAGCUCCGCCGCAUCCAAGUUUGUGGUCGAAGAUCCGGUCAAGCGCGCCUACCUCCGGACCAGUCUUCUCUUUGCCAUGUCCGUCCUCGCCACCUGGAUCCCGAGCAGCCUAAACCGCAUUCACGGAUGGCUGGCCGGCCAGUCUCCCUACGAAUACCACGUCGCCACGGCGGCUGUCUUGCCGCUGCAAGGCUUGUGGAACUGCGUCAUCUUCUACAUGACCAGCUGGAACCUGAUACGGAGCCACGUCCUCGGCAGGCUUGGGACGUGGUCGCGCCCGACGAGGGAGAAUGGCGGCAUGGCCAUGCAAGAUGAAGCCGUGGUGGCCCCAGAGGACACGUCGCCACCAAGGAGCUGCGAGGGGAUUCCGCCACGCUGGGAAGCAAUGUUGAACUGA